AGCCUCGGGAGCCCGGCCGCGGAGCAAUGCGGCGGGGGAGCCCCGCAGCCAAGCCCGCCCCCUGCGGGGCUCGCUAGUGCCGGCUGGGCAGAGCCCGCCGUGACCCUCUCUCCUGUUCGCGGAGACUGCGCUCGUCACACGCGCUCACUGCGAGCGGCGGCGCACGGACGCGGGGAGCUGCAGGGUCGUAGGAAGUGGAAGAGCCCUGAGCCCAUCUGGGAUCUGCACCUCAGUUGCACGCCUCAGUGAGACGCUCCGGAGAUGGCGGAGAAGCUGGCCCCCGGGGACUUGUUUUUCAGGAAGGCGAGGGAGUCAGUGUCUUCCCUGGACUCGGACAAGCUGGCCCCGGCCUCCCCUGAAGGAGCUGGCGAGGAGUCCUCUGACAGUGAGGGCGAGCAGGAGGGCAGCUCUCACAAGCUCAUCAGGAAGGUGUCUACAUCGGGGCAGAUGAGGAGCAAGAAGAGCGUGAAGGAGGGGCUGUUACUGAAGCAGACGAGCUCCUUCCAGAGGUGGAAGAGGCGAUACUUUAAGCUGCGGGGCCGGACGCUGUAUUACGCCAAGGACUCCAAGUCACUGAUCUUCGAUGAGGUGGACCUGUCUGAUGCCAGCGUGGCAGAGACCAGCACCAAGAACAUUAACAACAGCUUCACGGUGAUCACACCGUUCCGAAAACUCAUCCUGUGUGCUGAGAACCGGAAGGAGAUGGAAGACUGGAUCGGUGCCUUGAAAUCCGUCCAGAAGUGGGAAAUCAAUGAGGCCACGCAGUUCAACAUGGAGCAUUUCUCUGGGAUGCAUAACUGGUACGCCUGCUCCCACGCCCGACCCACCUUCUGCAACGUGUGCCGCGAGGCCCUGUCAGGGGUCACUUCCCAUGGCCUUUCCUGCGAAGUUUGCAAGUUCAAAGCCCACAAGCGCUGUGCUGUGAGAGCCACCAACAACUGCAAGUGGACCACGCUGGCCUCCAUAGGAAAUGACAUCCUCGAGGAUGAAGAUGGGGUAGCCAUGCCCCAUCAGUGGCUGGAGGGAAACCUGCCCGUGAGCGCUCGGUGUGCCGUGUGCGACAGGACCUGUGGCAGUGUCCGGCGGUUGCAGGACUGGAGGUGCCUCUGGUGCAAGGCCAUUGUUCACAGCGCCUGCAAAGAGCUCUUUGGGAAGAAGUGCCCCUUAGGACAGUACAAGGUCUCCAUAAUCCCGCCAACUGCCCUGAACAGCAUCGACUCUGAUGGCUUCUGGAAGGCCACCUGCCCCUCGUCCUGCUCCAGCCCUCUGCUGGCCUUCGUCAACUCCAAGAGUGGUGACAACCAGGGUGUGAAGUUCCUGCGCAAAUUCAAGCAGUUCCUCAACCCAGCGCAAGUCUUCGACCUGAUGAACGGAGGCCCUCACCUGGGCCUGCGGCUCUUCCAGAAGUUCUCCACCUUCCGGAUCCUGGUCUGCGGGGGAGAUGGCAGCGUGGGCUGGGUCCUCUCCGAAAUCGAUGCGCUGGGAUUGCACAAACAAUGCCAGCUUGGUGUCCUGCCACUGGGGACAGGCAAUGACCUGGCGCGGGUGCUGGGCUGGGGCAGUCUCUGUGACGACGAUACCCAGCUGCUGCAGGUCCUGGAGAAGCUGGAGCGGGCCAGCACCAAGAUGCUGGACAGGUGGAGCGUCCUGACCUACGAGGCGCCCAAGCAGUCGCCCCCUGCCAUCAAAGAGGAGGAGAAUGGGGAUUCUUGCAUCCAGGCCCAGAUCUCUCACUACGCCGACUCUGUGGCCUUCCACCUGGCCAAGAUCCUGGAAUCUGACAAGCACUCGGUUGUGAUUUCUUCUGCAAAGUUCCUAUGCGGAACGGUGAACAGCUUUGUGGCCGAGGUUGGCAAGGCCUAUGAGAGGGCCAUCGAGAACAAGCAGGAGGCUGACACCAUGGCUAGGAAGUGUGCAAUGCUGAAUGAGAAGCUGGACUCCCUGGUGCGGGAGCUGAACGAUGAAUCACAGGCGAUUGUUGUCCCCGAGGGGAGCGCACAGACUGCCCCACCUGGCCCCGAGGCCAAGGAGAGCAGUAGAGGGGGCAGCUUCAACCCAAGCCCUGUGCCCAGGAUCUUCAAAUCCAAGGAGCAGCUAAUGCUGAGAGCCAACAGCCUCAAGAAGGCCCUGCGGCAGAUCAUUGAGCAGGCAGAGAAAGCUGUGGAUGAGCAGAACAAGCAGACUCAAGCCUAUCGGAGCAUCACGGCUUCCAGCAAGAAGGACAGCUUGGAAGAGUUCAGCAAAGAGACCGAAAUCCUUGGUUCCCGUCGGGAUACGGUGACCUCUACGACGUCGUCUAUCUUUCUGGAUAGACCUGACAGCUUCAGCACUGUCCAUUUCACCGAGGAUCCCAACACCAUACAAUUCUCCGAAAGAUGCGUCAUGAAUAACUACUUCGGCAUAGGCCUGGAUGCCAAAAUCUCUCUGGAGUUCAACAACAAACGGGACGAGCACCCCAAAAAGUGCAGCAGUCGCACCAAGAACAUGAUGUGGUACGGAGUGCUGGGGACCAAGGAGCUUCUGCAAAGGACCUACAAGAACCUGGAGCAACGAGUCCAGCUGGAGUGUGACGGGGUGACCAUCUCCUUACCUAGUUUGCAGGGGAUUGCCGUGCUCAACAUCCCCAGCUAUGCUGGUGGCAUCAACUUCUGGGGCGGCACAAAGGAGGAUAACAACUUCGGGGCGCCCUCCUUCGACGAUAAGAAGCUGGAGGUGGUUGCUGUCUUUGGCAGUAUCCAGAUGGCCAUGUCGCGAGUCAUCAACCUGCAGCAUCACCGCAUCGCCCAGUGUCGCAUGGUGAAGAUCACGAUCCGGGGAGACGAGGGCGUCCCAGUGCAGGUGGAUGGAGAAGCCUGGAUCCAGCCUCCAGGGAUCAUCAAAAUCCAACACAAGAACCGAGCCCAGAUGCUAACGAGAGACAGGGCCUUUGAAAGCACCCUGAAGUCGUGGGAGGACAAGCAGAAGGGCGAGGGCUACCGAGCCCCGGCGCGGCCCCGCCUCAACUCCCAGCAGUCCAUGGAGUACCUGACUGAUGAGGAGUAUGGCCAGAUGCAGCAGAUGGCUCAAGCUGCGGAAACCCUCAUCACCAGGAUCCGCGAGGCAGCCACAACCCACAAAGCCAUGGAACAGGAGCUGGCCCAUGCUGUGAACGCCUGUUCCCUGGCCCUGAACGAGGCCCUUCCCAACAAGAGCAGCAGCGGGCCGGAGUUUCUGAGCAGAAAUGCGGCCGUGGAUGUGUCAGUUAGCGUGAAAGCCCUUUACACUGAAACCAGAGCUUUUCUGGAAGGAAAAUUGCAGCUGGACUCCCCACAGCAAGAGGAGGGGCUGCAGAGAGUCCUGAACACCGUCAGCCAGGAGCUCCAGAGGCUGCCCGACAUCCACUGGCUGGCGCCCAUCAUCAACUCUGCUGAGGAGGAGAGCUCCGAGAGCAGCAGCAAGGGCAGCCUGAAGCUACGGAUCAACAUUUCCAAGCCCAAGAAGGACAAGGAUAAGUUUCAGAAGCCGAAAUCCAACAGCAUGGUCCCAGUGGAGAAAUGGGGCGCUGAGGAGGUGGCGGCCUGGCUGGACGCGCUUGGCUUAGGGGAAUACAAAGAAAUUUUUUUCCGCCAUGACAUCCAGGGCUCAGAGCUGAUCCUGCUGGAGAGAAGAGACUUGAAGGAUCUGGGGAUAACAAAGGUGGGCCAUAUGAAGAGGAUUCUCCAGGGAAUUAAAGACAUCAGCAGCCAUCCCUAGCAAAGCAUAUAAAGGAAGAAGAAUGUGGCAGUGUCGGUGAUGGGGAAUCUUAACUCUGGAUGGGCCCUCUAGAACCUGAAAUCUAGAACAGGCACUCUAGAAUGCUAGCAACUUCACAGUCAUUCUAGAACUCUAAACACCCAGGCAUCUGUUCUUGAGCGUGUUUGAUCGUGAUGCAGAUGCAUCCCAUCAGCAAACGGCCCAGAAUGGGAUGCUGUGGAAUCCUUACACUAGAAUAUUUCUACCACUCUCAAGCGUGCCCCUGAAGAGUUUACAGUUCCAUGUUAGCCAAAGAUUGUUGGUCUGCGCGUAUUUGCCCUUGAUUACCCUUGUGGUUUUGGUUUCUGUGCUUGAUGGUUUCAGUUCAGCAGUUCAUUUCCAUACGUACCUGCGAGCUAGAAGGAAGGACCAAGCUGUAUGUGUGCUGCUGGGUUGCCAGGUUUCCAUAGCAGCUGACACAUUUAGUUGGCUAUUUCCAGGCUUCAGAGUGAAGGAGACGGAGUUAUGUGAGAGCAGGCAGCCAGCAGCAAGUGGUGAGGUGGGAGCAAACUCUAUGAAAUGGCCAGAUGUUUGAGACUACAGUGCCAGCUGUGACCCAUCCAAGGCAGAAAACUUGACACAGUCAAAGGUUACACGUCCCACCUUCAGGGAGGGACAGUGCCUCUUUGACAGGGCUUUGGGGGAACGAGCACUAGGGCACACCUCGCCAGCACCAUGGCUUUUCUAGUCUUCAUUUCAAAGCUGUGAUACGUUUGGGCUCGUGGCAGUGUAGCCCAUCCCGGAAGAGUAUAGUGCAUGCUGGGCCACCGUUCCCGCCCGGGUCUCGUCCAAAGGCCGCUCAGAGCAACGAGUGUGUAUAUUGCUUUAGUUUGCCAGUUUCCUGCCUAUGGAAUGUAGCUGGUUCCUCCAACAACCCAGGGGCAUAUUGGGUUGUCUGCUGAGAUGACUGGACACGACGUCCUGAACCACUGGCCCUCAUUCCUCUUGGCUUAGUUAUUUUGAGCCAGAGGUGAUGGAGCUCCCUUUAUCCUCAUGGCAGUACAUGGGUAGCAUGUUGGUUCCCACCUCUGAACACCAAAUCUCUUGGGUUCCAGAACCAGAAACCCAUCGUAGGCCGUGCUGAGUGUCCCUGACUCCUACUGAUCCCAGGGGCAUGAGCCUUGCGAGUCCCACCUGAGAUCAGGCCUCCCACCAUCCGUCCCACCCAAAGGCAACUCAUGUCCCCUGCCACCAUUCAGUGCCAUUCAAGAGGCUUCUGCGAAGUAAAAAUGGGGAACUUGAGGCUCCUGCUAGACUCAGAGGAGGGGGGGGCUCCUUCCAGGCAUCGGGGGGGACCAGUUCAUGCAGGCUCGAGAACCUUCUGACAUUUCAACAUGGCAGCUUUGGAAGUUGAUAUAGGGAACUACACCACACAAAAAAACAACAACCCAACCUCCCACCCCCGCUCUACUACUGUUGUUCAGCCAUAAAAUGUAUUUAAAUUCUGUAAAUAGUUUCCAAGAAAAGAUAUUUAUUGCAGUGAGAUGUAAACCUGUAAUUUAUUCUGUCCUGAAUUGAACUGGACUGGGUUGGUGCAGCAGGUACUCCAGCCUCUGACAAUGACCUGCCACCAGUAGCCGGAGGCCUCUGACCUCUUGCUCACGUUUUGAUGUUAAAUUGGAAAAACUGCCCUGCUCAAUGUAAUAAAGAGCUACCUCCCAGCUUCAUUGCCCCAGAACAGUGAUACAAAAGGAACAGCCAGGCAUAAAGAUGGGAGGAAAUAAUUUGAUUUUCAGAAAAUCUUGAAAAACUGGUAAAAAAAUUUCCCACCCACUGUGAUGUCUUCUGCUCAGCUCUAUAACUGACCCACCCCCUGGCCUUUCUGAGGAGCCAGCGUUAAACCCUCCCACUCACUGAGAAAGGCGAAAAAUCACUUCAACUUAAGUCCAAAAUGUCAAGCAAUCACCUAUUGUGGAUGUCCAAUGUGAAAGUGAUUAUUCCAGAGGGGUUAACCGCUCACACCUUCUGCUGACACCUGGUGGUGUGGCAGGGCCCAGCAUUUGUGAGAAUCAAACUCAGGGUGCUUCCUGUUGGAUACCCAAAAGGAGUGGCCCCUUUUGAAGAGAUGAGCCUUCCUAUUACCCUGAGACAUGCACAUGGCACUGGCCCUGCGGUAAUGGGUCUGGGAGGAAAUCUAAUGCUUUAAGCUUUGUCCUAAAGUUCCUUCAGCCUCGGGGGAUGAAACCCAGUCCUUAAUGGCUGUGUUUCGCUCUACAGUGGUGUUGACACUGGCCCACGGACAGCACUAGCAGCGCAGCCUCAAUGCAAAAAGGCGUUUCCUUCCAACUAGCAGCUGGGCUCACCUGGGGCUGCAUUUCACCCACUGGUGCCAUGUUCUGCUUAAAAGUGCCACUGUGGCUGCAGGCCAAGCACUGGUGAAGCAACGGGAGAAGGCCAGUGCGGCAUGGACUGACCGGGGAUACCCACCACUGCCAUGAUCUUUGCAUAUCACUCCAUGGAGGAGCCAGCCACCCUCCAGCAAAGCUGCUGUUAGGACAAAGCAUUAAACAGCAGCCAUGGACUCUUGUGCGAUGGACCCAUGUGGGGAGGGGGAGCUGUGUGUUAAAACUGGAUGGCAGUGCACAGCAGUGCAAUGAAUCACUUAUGAAUGUAUUGUAAUAUCACUGCCUGGACCAGCCCUGGUCCCUGCAGAGCAAGUUAUAGGACCUGGCUUUGGGGGUUGUCUUGUGGGGGUUGGAGUUGUGCCUCAUCAUCCACCUUUGUCCUGCUGUGUGUGCCCUAGCUAGAGCCACCCAUCCAGGAGGCUGGGGCAGGUGUCUAGAGAAACAGCCUGCCUGUGCUCUCUGUGGGCUGAACUCUUGUGUGCUAGCCUGUGAUCCAGUGGGUGGUGUGUAUAGUGACUGUGACUGUAGGGAUAGGGUGGGGGGAGGGUAUACAUAGGGGUGUGUGUGUUUAAAUGACCAUUUUCCCAGAGGUAGCUGCUGCCCUCUAGUCUCCAUAGCAGAGGCUGGGCUAGACUGGGCCCAGGGGGAGGGGUAAGAGCCUGGGACGGGAAAGGCCAGAACAGUGAGGCUGCUGCAGUGCUCCCUCUGUUCACCAUAUAAUUGGGGGUGGGGGGUCCAAUGCUGCCCUUCAUGUACUCCCAGGGACAGGGUGUCUCCCUCAGCUUGGUGCAAACUGAGCAUAAUGGUGCCAGGUUGGUUGCGAUCAGGCCAACCUGGCACCAUUCAUCUCCUUCCUGCAACGCCCCAAGAGGCAGGGCUGUAGUGGGAACACCGCCCCACAUGCUGCUGUUCCUGCAGCAAUCAGUCCCUGCAGAGCUCAGGUCAGCAGGUGCCACCCACGCCUUCAAGACUGCUAAGCAGGGGCCACCUAAUGGCAUCACUGCCCAGGAACAGGGUUUAGCCCCGAGGCCAGGAGCAAGCAGAACUUGUCCUAGCCUCCUCACUGCACCAAAUUUAGACAGACAGGAAAGUGGGCUCCCCUCUGAUCUCUGACCUCAGCCAGUGGCCCAUUACAGCUGAUGUGGGCCCUGCUGUGGAAGGCUGGAGUCAGCAGCAGCCUGUUUAUAUUAACAGGCCAUUUAUGUGUACCAGCAUCUGGGGUAACUGAACUGGCCAGGUGCUGGCAGCAGCAGCUCCUGCCCUGCUGUGAAUUAAGUCAUGCCAGGGAGAGGCUCUAUUACAGUGAGACCCAGGAUCUCGGCCAAAAGCUGCCAGCCACAUGCACUGUUAGGGGGUGUUUGUGAAAUCAUCUGUGGCCUUACGCUGCUGUCCAGUGGUCAGGGGUGGGGUGAGGCAGGUACUGGCCAAUGAGGAGCAGAGUGCUAGGAAGCAAGAGUGGAGGCAGCAGUAGGUGACAGGAUUAGAGAUCUCCUCACCACCCCCCCACACACACAAAAAUAAGAACACCACCCCUGCCCUUGAGUUUUGCUUGACUAUGUCUUAGCCUGUUUGUUAUGAGCUGGCUGAAGGCAGGACUGGAAGGAGGCAGUGGCCUGCAGGGUUUGGUAAAUGUAAAAGAUUAAA